AACCCACCGAGUCAAGUAACUGACAGCUGAUAGUUCAGUACAUUUCGGUAAGUCUAGCGAGAAGUAGCUGUAGUGGUACGCGACAAAAAUUACAUCAGAAGAAAAAAAUUACAGAAGGGAAAUUUAAGUUUAAAAAAAAUGAGUGAUGCGCUGAAAAUUGUUGGCGCCGUUGUGCUGCCAAAUGUGGGUGGUUUCAUUAAUGGUAUCAUAACACGCAAAAAUAUACAGACUUGGUACAAGAACCUGAAUUUUCCAUCUUAUCGUCCGCCAAAUUGGAUCUUUGGUCCAGUGUGGACUUCGCUCUACUCAGGCAUGGGCUAUGCUUCUUACUUGGUGUGGCGUGAUGGCGGAGGAUUUAGCGGUGAGGCGCACUUACCGCUUAUUGCGUACGGUACGCAAUUAGCACUCAAUUGGGCCUGGACACCGAUUUUCUUUGGACAACGUAAUAUAAAAGGCGGUCUCAUCGAUAUUAUUGCGUUAACUGCAACUUCCACAGCUUGCGGCAUUCUUUUCUUUAAGGUGAAUAAAGUGGCUGGCCUAUUGUUCAUUCCGUAUGUAGCUUGGUUGAGCUUCGCAACAGUACUCAAUCAUGCAAUGUAUAAAUUGAAUCCUGAUAGUAAAGCUGUGUCUGCUGCUGGCGGUGAGGAGAAGAAGGAAAACGUAUGAUGUCACUUUGGUGUUGUGCUCCUUUUACCGCUACAGUCACUGCUGUUCAAUUACUGCGUUGCACCUAUUGCAACAAUUUCAACAACAACAAGCAAAAUACAAAAAGCUAUACACACUAAAAUAUUAAAUCUAAAAUGUUAACGUACUUGUAGCCCAUAACUAUCCUACCAUAAAAUAAAAAUAUUUGCUUAUACUUUUAUAUACAUACAAACAAAUAGUAUUUACAUAUGUACAUUUAUGCACACAAGUUGCCUGAAAAUAUUAAAAUGAUGUCGGUAGUUGCAGAUAAUGUGGACCAA